AAGCUGCAUUAUUGUUUAUAUAUAUAUUCAAUGUCUUCCAAAGACUUCAGAAAAGGCAAGCCAUUAUGACUACUAUUUCAAGAUGGGUCUGCAUUUUAAUUGUCCUAGUACUGGGUGUUACUGUUAUUUUGGGUUUGGUGUUUGGACUCAUAAAGAACAAAGGAACAACAAACAAGGGGACUACAAGAAACCUGAAAGAGAUUGUUGUUGAGCGAUGUCUCAUGUUCAUAAAGGAGGUUGAUACUAGUGGCAACAAGUGUGAUCAAAUCUGGAGCACAUUCAAGCAUGCCUUUAUUGGUAAAAACCCAUGCAAUGUCAAAACAGGGGAUUAUGAUCAGUUCAUAGAUACAGUACGUCAGUAUAUAUCCAGGAAUAAGACACUGUUCUGGAGCAAGACACAAAAGAUAGCUCAUGACUUCACUAAAGCUACAAAGUGUUUCAUGACUUUGGAAGACACUCUUGUUGGUUACAUGAUGGAUGGCUUAACGUGGUGUGGCCAAAAUAGCAGUAUGAAAUUUGAUUAUACCUACUGUCCUGGAUAUAAAGAGUGUGAAAACAAUCCUGUCUCAUCAUUUUGGAAAAGAGCUUCUAAGAACUUUGCUGAGUCAGCACAGGGUAGAGUAGCAGUGAUGCUGAAUGGAUCGAUGAGCCAACCUUUCAGUACCUCAAGUAUAUUUGGAAGUAUUGAGGUUAAUAACUUUAAUUCAUCAACAAUCAGCCAUGUCAACAUUAUCAGUGUGAUCAGCUCUACAUACAGCGGGCCAUGUAACAGCACGUCCAUUAGAAAUUUAACCAGUAUCUUGAAAAACAACAGGAUUAAUUCAACUUGCAAGGACAUUACUGUGUCUGAGAUUCAGAAUUGCACUUCUAAACAAAACCCUCAAUCCUGUGACUGUGUAAUCAAUGGGGAAUUAUAAAGAUGAAGAAGAAUGUUCUGCAACUUUUGAAUUAUAUAUUAAAUAUUUCCUUUACUUAAAUAUAUAAACUUGUGAGCGUGAUUAACUUUGAACAGUAGAGGGGCAAAAUAAACUUUCCAGUAAUCCAUCUUGGCCCUGUCAAUAAGGUCAAUCAUUUACUUGCUACAUACAUUACUGUAGGUAAAUGUUUGAGAACCAUAUUUGACAAAUGAUGGCUGGAUGCAUAAUGUAUAAUGUGAUAUCUUGUAACAAUUGUAAGUCGCCCUGGAUAAGGGCGUCUGCUAAGAAAUAAAUAAUAAUAAUAAUAAUAAUAAUAAUAAUAAUAAUAAUUGCACUGUUCAUCUGGUUAUUGCAUGGUAGGGUCACGCUAUAUCUAUCUUUAAGAGCAAAGGGCCAAUGUGUUCUAAGCCCCUCCCCUAACCUGAUCUAUCCAACAGAACAGUUCAUCAUGUUGUCAUGUUCGAGCCCUAUAAAGGUAAAGCUCAGGAGGAACAGUACUCCCAGUGGUUCUAAAGAUUUAUUUAUUCAUGCACUGGGCCCAAGUGAAAUGAGCCCAAGAACCCACUAAACCCAUGAGGAACAGAAAACAAACACGACACUUGAACUUAGGAUAACAGUCUCCUUCAGAGAGACUAUGUUUAUUAAAAUUACACACCACUGCUUUCAGCAAUACGCCUGAAAGAGAAGAUGACCGCCAAAACAAUGCUUUUGGGAUAUGCCAGCUUGUCAGGUAUUUACUGAGCAUUUUAUAUCAAAGCUGCUAAAAGUUAUUUCACACGCAAAGUGUGCAAACUAAAUAAUGAACAGUUCAGUUCUAUGUGAAUGUGUUACAAUUAAUUAAUUUAGUUCCAAGAAAGGAAAAUGCAACUGGAAUUAUACUCAACAGUUCCUUGAAGCUUAGACUUUUGGUCCGCUGUUUUGGAAACUCAAUCUGUUGAAGUGUCCAGUACAAAAAGCUCUCCUCUCACAACGAAGUCUUCAAUCCCACUAUGAAUCAAACUUGGCAACAAAGCUUUCAAUUCUCUAUAGAAUCAACAAA